CGCAAAAGGACCAUUGUUUAAGGAAGUGAACAUGUUGACAUUGUAAUGGUUGCUGAAGAAGCAUUGAAUGAAAGCAGCUUGUUGAUGUGUACUGCAGGCAGGCAGGGGUCUUCACUCACAUGUGGGGGGACAGAUGCACAUGGACUUGACGGCUCACAUUUGAGUCUUCCUAAUGUCCAAGCGUCUGAUACCUCCACAAAGACCUUACCACAGCACUUAGGUAAACCAGAGUUCCCCGACACAGGAUGGAAUCGUAUCAAAGAUCUUUUCUACAGGGGGGAGGGUCAGAUGUACUCAGAGGAGUUAAGGAACAUAGUAAAGAGUGGCAUUGCUGCAGCCAUGGUUGGGAUGGUCUACGGAGGCCUGCCAGGAGCAAGACAUGCCCGUGAGAGAUUCAUCCAGCUCAGCCAGGCUGAAAUUUACCUAAACAGAGUGGAUGCAGUGCGCUCAGCCCAUAAUGCAGCUAUUCGUGGGUUUGUGCGCUUUGGCUGGAGGUGGAGUUGGAGGGUAGCGGCUUUUGUGACCAUGUUUAACACUGUAAGUACUGGAUUGACAGUGUACAGAGACAAAAGUGCUCUGAGCCAUUUCGCUGUUGCAGGUGCUCUCACAGGAGGAGUGUUCCGGCUGAAUCUGGGACUUCGAGGGUUGCUGGCUGGUACAGCCAUAGGAGCUGUUCUGGGGCUGCCGGCUGGAGUUGUAAUCAUUGGUCUGCAGAAGCUGGGGGGCGAGACCAUGCAUGACAAGAGACAACGGCAAAGACGAGAGCUACAUGAGCUGAGAGUCGCAGAAUGGAAUGCUCGUCUCAAGCUUACAGAUGAUCUUAUUGGAGAAAUGAAGUGUGAGAAACAUCAGGACACCGAUGGUGACGUUCAACGAAUAGAGGAGCUGCUCAAUCAACCUAGGAAUGAGAAAGUAGUGGUAAGUUGUUCGCUGGCACGGAAGCUUCAAAACUCCUCGUGCGAAGACCGAUGAGGUAAAGACGUGUGUGAUUCAACUGCGCAAUGACAAGAACAACAAACUGGUUUCAGGAGUGGCCAUUCAAUGGAGACUGCGCUAUUGUCAGUCACAGAGGCCUUGUGGAUUGCAAAAGCUGAUUUCAAAUCAUUAGUUCUUAUUCUGCUGGAUCUGUCUGCUGCAUUUCACACUUUCAAAAGAGCCCAUGUUACACCUCUCUUUAUCUCCUUGCACUGGCUUCCGGUUGUGGGUCGCAUCAAUUUCAGCAACCCUCUACUUCCACUCACUACUAUGAACCUACAUCCCCUCCAGAAGUCUGAGAUCCGCUAGUGAGCGAUGCCUUGUGGUACCAUCACAGAGAGGCUCAAAAUCUCUUUCCAGAACAUUCUCCUUCACCAUUCCUGGCUGGUGGAAUGAUCUUCCGAACCCUAUCCGGAAAGCUGAAUUCCUGACUAAUUUACCGCUGAAAACUCUCUUUCAACACUACUUGACUUCAUCCUAACUUAAAGAAGAAAAAAAUGAUUUGUCUUUCUCUUUAUUUUUGCCCUUUCUAGAUUGUACUUAUUUGAACAAUGCUGAAACUUGGUAUUACGAGCAGAAUCACUUUAUGUAUUCCCCAAUUUUAAGUCGCUUUGGAUAAAUGCAUCUGCAAAAUGAUUAAAUGUAAAUCUAAGAUGUGACAACAGCUGUUUUUCUCUCAGAUGUACGGUAAUGCCUAAAACAGUCUGAUACAGUAAUAGACAGCAUACUGUUCCUCAUUUCCAAAUAAGAUAACUUUUGGCAAACAGCAGGCAAGAAAGAAUUAACCCAGUAUUAAAAAUGGCUGUGAAUAAUGUAUGCACAUUUAAAAGACUUUUUAAAAGAAUUUAUGUGAAAUACAUAUUAUAAAGUUUACAACCAAAUUUGAUACAUCAGUAUUUUUUUAAUUACUGAAGAGGAUAUAGAUGGAUUUAUAGAGCCAUCUGACUGACUGGAAAAGUAGAGUGCUUGUGAAAUAUAUUAUUCAUUAUUCCAGUCAAACUAAAUAUUUAAUUGAGAACAUGUACAGCAGCACUACUUGUAAUUGUAAUA